GCGAAAUUUCAGUAUGCUGUGGGACGCGGACGUCGGAGGAUGGAGCGGCGGCAGGUCGAACUGCGCGCCCUGCACCGCCGCCUCCUGCUCAGGACAGACCUGAGCGUCAGUGACCUGAGAGCCAUAUGCCUCCCUGCCUCGAAGCAUGACCUUCCACCAGGUCACGGGGCGCGCCGUGCUAUUUGCGGAGUGGUCGGCGCUUUUAUCGUCCUGCUCCUGGCCAUUGUCCUCGCUGUGCCUAACCUGCAGGAUGAGAUUCUCAGGAGUGCUUUUGAGAGUCGCUGCGUGGUGGCCAACAACUUUCUUCUGAUGGAGGCGUCGCGCACGGAGACUGACUGCGAGAGCGUGUGCGUUGGCGUCGACGCAGCGCACGAGCUGCACGCUCCGACCAGAGCCCAGUUCGCCAUGCUGGCGUAUGCCUCGCGCCCAGUGGUGGUGCGAGGUGCCGCCGCCGACUGGUCAGCCCUCAGGGUCUUCAGCCCGGCCUUCUUCCGCUCCGUCUACGAGGCCUAUCCUGACGCCUACCGCGCCAUCGAGAGUGACUGCCAGUUUUUCCCUUUCCGCACAGAAUUCUCCACACUACGCGACGCCCUCAACAUGGACCCUGACAGAGUCUCCCUAGCGCCAGACACCAAGCCGUGGUACAUUGGAUGGAGCAAUUGCGACCCACGAGUGGCUGAGGAACUGAGGCGCCACUAUCAGCGACCGGAAUUUUUGCCAGAGGACAUUUCAGCCACUGAUUGGAUUUUCAUGGGUGGACCAGGACCAGGAGCAGCUAUGCAUCUGGACUAUGUCUCUCGGCCAUCAUGGCAGGCGCAGAUUUCAGGCAGCAAAACGUGGAGAUUAGCGCCACCGCCUGAGUGUGAACUCUUGUGCUCCUCAUUCAACUUAACAGUUAACAAAGGAGACAUAGUUCUAAUAGACACAAAUCAAUGGUACCACGACACCUUUGUAAAUCCAGGUGAGCUGAGCAUCACCAUAGGCUCUGAAUAUGGCUAAGGACGACUAUUACGUGCCUGGAAAGAAAAAAGCCAAAGUGCUUCCAUAAGAAGAAACUGCAGUGAAAGAAAGUGCCAAAUGAAGAUGGGCGCGAGUGCCAAAAGCGCCGAAAACGGCAUUAAUGUAAUCAAACGCGAAUUAGUCUGAUAAAUUGUUCCAACCUGUUGCCGCCGAUCAAGGCCGCGACUGUAGCUUAUAUUCCUAGACUGUUGCUAACUUCGCUUAGUAUUAUAUUAGUUUUAUGUCCGAUAGAAUCCUCCUACUGUUUUCGUCUUUUAUAUGUUAAAGUUGAAAGAGUGAUAAAACACUUUGCAAAUACAUUGCAUAUUGUUGCUGUGACUUUUGUACUUUGUCAAUUUUAUAAAGUUGUUGGACGAAAAACAUCAAUUAUGUGGAAAUAAUUUGGUUUUCUUUAUGUGUCAAGUUAAAGAGAUGAAUAAAUCUCUUCUAAUUUCAGCUGCUGAAUUUGCGUUUUUAUGUUGUAAAAAUAAAAGAGAAUUUUAUUAAAUAUGAA